AUAUUUUUGAGAAAGUGUUGCCGACUUUGACCGUGCCUCGAAUUUCCUUACUGAUGUGUGUCCGCGUUUGGCUCGGCUCGUUCGUCCGUCCGGACGCGCGUUAAAGUGGCGUGACGACGUUGCAAUCGCAGGCGCCCGGUGUUCGUUCGGGUUUCGCCAUUUUUCGCGGGCAUUGCAUCAUUCUUCGUUUACAUAUUACGACUUUGUUUCGUUUACACAUUACGAUUUUUCGUUACUGGCCUUGACGAUUGCCGUUGGAUCGGCUACCCGGCCAAUUAUAAUCGACAAGAAGAAGAAGAUGGCCGCUCUUCAGGCUUCUCUCUGGUUAUACGUUGAUGACACUCAGAUGAAUAUCUGAACCUAACUUAACGUGAAGAGAAAUGAAAGAAAGAUGAACAGUGCAAGCAUUUUAACUAAAAAGAUCAGACCUAAUAACUUGUCGGUGUUUUCGACGCAAGUUUCGAUAAUAUUUUGGAGAGGUGUAGAAUAAAUGACGCUGUUUUACAAGCUAUAUCAACCAUUACGAUCUCAUUUUUAUAAGUUUAACAUAAAUACAUAUGUCUUAUCAAAACGAAACUAUAAAAAAAAAAUUAUUCAUUUAGAAAACCUAAUCACAGAAAAUGCUGAUAUAUAUGAGAAAAUGAAAGGAAAUCUAUCUACAAUAGAAUGGAAAAACAUACGAGAAGAAAUUCUUCAAAAAAAUGCAGCAAUCACACCAUUCAUUGUAGACUCUGUAAUCAUAGAUAUGUGUGUCAAAUAUUUUCAUGUGGAUAAUGCUAUUGCAUAUUUCAAAUUCUUGAGGGAAAAUAAUUAUUCUUUGAAUGCAGGAGUGAUCGGAAAAUAUCUUAAACUCUAUGUUUUGAAACAGAACUCCUUGACUGAUGUAGAUAAAAUAGAAAUUGUAGAAACAUAUAAUGUUUUGAGGCAAAAGUAUCAAUAUUUAGAUUAUGUUACAGCUGAAAAUUGUAUAACAAGCUUAUGUUUGACAGAUGAAUGGGAGAAAACACAAGAUAUAAUAGACAUGGUGAAUAUUACAUCUACUCCAGGCACUAAUAUAUAUUCUGCAUUAGCUAGUGCAGCAUUUAGAAACAGGAAAUCCGACAUUGCAUGGAAAGCACUGUCAGAUUUAGUGUUGCACAGGCUGAUUCCACUAAAACAUGUAUACACAUCACAUUUACAAUAUUGCCAGCUGGAAACUGCAAAAUUUUUCAAAAGUAGAAUGGAAGAGAUGUUUCAUUUCUGGAUUAAAUACAAUAUAAUACCAAAUGAUCAAAUAAUAAGAGCAUAUGCUAAUACAGCUACCAAAUAUGGUUGGUCCACAGAUCGCACAGUAAUCCCCAAAAAAACGGGGAAUUGUAAACAUUGCGGUCACUCUUUGUCCAAAAUAACAUUUAGUGAAGACGAAUUUCAGAAAUUGGCAAAAUUUAUGAUGGAUAGAGUGAUUAUAGGGUCGGAUGUCUAUCGCAAAACUAAUCCACAAGAAUUGUUGAAAUUUAAGGAAUUUAUUGAAAAUACUAAACCCUUUGACAUAGUCAUUGAUGGACUUAAUUUAACAUAUCUGCAGAAUUUAUCUGCACCUAAAUUAAUGCUGCUUCUGAAUGUAGUAGAGCAUUUCAAAAAAUGUGGGAAAAAAAUACUCGUAUUGACGCGGAAACAUCAAAAGAAGCUAUCUGAAUUUAAACGCGUAGAGCGAAAUGCGUACGUCUUUUUGAUAGAUAAUUUAUCUGCUGAUGAUCCAUACAUACUCUAUGCAACUAUGGCAUGUGGGAUGAAUACAAUGUUUGUUUCGUCGGAUUUAAUGAGACAACAUAAACAUUCCUUGCAAGAUAAAGACAUACAACAAAAGUUUAAGAAAUGGCAGUUUUCGCAUCAGUACUUUGUCAAGUUCAGUGCAACUGGUCUUCGUAUUCAAGAGCCUUUUACCUAUUUGCCGAUUGUACAAAAGAAUGAUAACUGUUGGCAUGUGCCAUGUGUCACUGAAGAUCUUAAUACAGAGAUUUUAAAGGAAUUUUAUGAAUUCUCAGAUAAGUGGUACUGUUUGAAGUAUAAUGAGAAAAAAAUGUAUUAA